CUCAGAAGACACUAACGGCGGCUGGAGGACCAGUGCUAGGGACGCGCGGCCUGCUAGGGUUUCACAGUGGUGCGGCCCUAGCGCCUGCAACCCGCCCUGCCCCCACCCGCACCCCUCCCCCAUCCCUCCCCCACUCCCGCGAGUGUCGGUAGGUACCACUGCGAAGGGCCCACCCGAGUCUCACCACUGGGCGGCGCUAGCCAGACCAGAGUGCCGGGGUUUCUGACUCGGGAGUCGCCUCUGCUUCUAUCUGCUCAAAUUACUUAAUGUAUUGAUAAUAAUUUAGUCUGCCUAUAAUUGAGACUGGCUUAAAACUUUCCAGGUAGUUCAGGCUAGCCUUGAACUCGAGGCAAUACUCCAGUCCUAGCAGUCCUGAUUCUAGGAUGACAAAUGUGCGUCACUGUGUCCAAACUUCUCAAUGCAUUUUCAGGAGGCGGUCCACGAACUGGUGUUGCAGGGCCGUGGAGUGCUAGCGGGCCCGGUGUCCAGAAGGGAAGAUGAACGGCCCGAGCGCCAGGUCCAACCACCUGUCGCAGCCAGUAGUGAAGAGCGUACUGGUGUACCGCAAUGGGGACCCCUUCUUCGCCGGGCGCCGUGUUGUCAUUCAUGAGAAGAAGGUGUCCAGCUUCGACGUCUUCCUCAAGGAAGUGACGGGCGGCGUACAGGCGCCCUUUGGGGCAGUUAGGAACAUCUACACCCCGAGGACGGGUCACCGCAUCCGGAAACUGGACCAGAUUGAGAGCGGGGGCAACUACGUGGCUGGGGGCCAGGAAGCCUUCAAGAAACUCAAUUACUUGGACAUAGGAGAAAUCAAGAAAAGACCAAUGGAAGCUGUUAAUACUGAGGUGAAGCCAGUCAUCCACAGCAAGAUCAAUGUGUCUGCCCGCUUCAGGAAAUCACUGCUUGAGCCUUGCACCAUUUUCUUGAUUGCAAAUGGAGAUCUCAUAAGCCCAGCUUCCCGACUUCUCAUCCCUAGAAAAGCUUUAAAUCAGUGGGAUCACGUAUUACAGAUGGUCACAGAAAAAAUAACUCUUCGGAGUGGGGCUGUUCACAGGCUUUAUACUUUAGAAGGAAAACUGGUCGAGAGUGGGGCAGAGCUGGAGAACGGGCAGUUUUACGUGGCCGUUGGCAGAGAUAAGUUUAAGAGACUACCUUACAGUGAGUUACUUUUUGACAAGUCAGCUAUGAGAAGGCCUUAUGGUCAGAAAGCUUCUUCACUGCCUCCCAUGGUUGGAUCGAGGAAGUCUAAAGGGAGUGGAAAUUAUCGCCAAUCUAAGUCAACUAUCGGCUCCAGUGAUAACUCAUCUCCUCAGCCUCUGAAGAGGAAAGGGAAGAAAGAUUCAAAUUCAGAAAAACCCACAAAAGUGAAGCAAAAUGUGAAGUCAAAGGAUUACCAACAAGCAAUCCCAAGCAAUGAUGAAGGCGUUUUCAAAGCUGGAACAGAGAGAUCUGAAACAAGGGGGGCAGUAGAAGUCCAAGAAGAUGAAGACACGCAGGUUGAGGUUCCAGUGGACCAGAGGCCAGCAGAAAUAGUUGAUGAGGAAGAAGAUGGAGAGAAAACAAACAAAGACAUCAAGCAGAAAGAAGGCUUUUCAGCAAUGAAUGGUGAAACUGAAGAUGGAGGGAGUAGUGAAGCUGCUGAUGCCCCUAAGCAAGAGGAGGAAAUCCCAGACCAUGGAGAGAAGAAAGCAAGUCCUUCUCGGGUAAAUGGUACCACCGAUGAGGAAAAUGGUGAGGAACUGGACCAGGUUACUGAGGAGCUUCAACCAACAGUGGAUGAGGAAGGGAAGGCUGAAGGAGACAACAGUGGACAUGAUGAGGCUGACUUAGAUGCUCAAAGACCACCAAGACCAGAAGUGACAAUCACCAGUCCUCAAGAAAAUGAAGAGAAUGAACAAAACAAGGACUCUUCUGCUGUGGCAUAGAUGGUUUUAAAGCAGGCAAUACCUGGGUUGUAAGAGCAUGAAGGGAUGUAAUACUUGAAUAAUGAACAUGGCACCUCUGUAAGGUAGAUGUAGCAAUAUCACUACCUUCUGAAUUUUCAAAAUAGAAGCUAAAUGGAAGGAAAGUUAGGAAAUUUGUAGCUCAAAGCAGAAUGACUUAUGUUUAUGACAGAUGUAAAAAAAAAUCCUUUAAAAGAAUCAAAUGAGCGAGACAGAGGGGAUUUGUACCUUAAGACAGCUGACUACCUGUGUUUGUAUAGGAGAAGGAUGUGGCCUUGCUCCCAUUAGAUACUUUAUUAUAGACUUGGAAGCAAGAAUAUUGGCAGCUUGUUCUAAAGCAUUUAUCUAGGGAAGUAUAGAUUUUUAAAGAAUUGAUAAUAGGAAAACAUGUAUUAUGUUCUUAAAGCAAUAAACUGUUGAUUGAACAAAUUA